AUGUAUGCAUUUGAACCCUCGAUGGAUUUCAAGACAAUGCUUCCCUUUGUGGCGUUUUUGUGUGUGCUUCUGAUCAGCUCCUCCGAUGCCGAACAGCAAAAACCAAGCAGCUUCCUCAGUAACUAUUCCAGUUACAAAAACAUCUGUCAUAAAAUGGGCUGGGAACCAAAAUGUAGAACUGAGGCUACAAAGGAUUGCAAUGGAAAAAUUGUUGCCUUCCAUGCGAUUCUUUCUAAAAGACUUCAUAAUGUACCUACAAAUACCAUCAUUAAGUUUGGAAAAGUUCUGGUGAACGAAGGAAGUGGAUAUAACACAACCACGGGUAAAUUUACAGCCCCGUUUGAUGGCGUCUACUCAUUUUCUUGGUCUUAUUGUACUGACAAAGGUACUAAUGCAUACCUUGGUGGAUAUGUGGAUGGCAACUUGAUAACCAAAAUAUCUAAUUACGCCCAGGCAAGCACUUGGAAAAACACAUCAGGUCAUCUCGUCAUCAAACUGAAGAAAGGGAAUACGUUUUGGGUUCAGACGUAUUAUGUUACUGCUAAGCUUAUACAUGAAGAGUACACAUUUCUGUCAGGAUACAAACUAUCUGGUUGUUAA